ACACUUCCUCUUCUGGGGUCAUUUUUAUAACGUGUCAGAAAAAGUCCUCUGUGUCUAACAGUGCAGUUUUCACUUUUGCUCUCAACAACCGUUCACAGAAAUGGACAGCCGUGUUCAAGGUGGUAAAGCGUUUGGUCUCCUUAAGACUCAGCAGGGAGAGAAAUUAAACUCUAUUAAUGAGGCUUUUCUAUCAGACCCAAAAUAUGCAGAAGAGGAGGAUCUUUCCUCCAAGCUUGAAAUGUUUAAAAAAAAAUACAUGGAGUUUGAUCUAAACGACAAAGGAGAAAUAGACAUAAUGGGGUUGAAACGCAUGCUGGAAAAACUGGGGUUGGCCAAGACUCACCUAGAGCUGAAAAAGAUGAUGUCAGACGUGGUCGGAUGUUCAUCCAAAGAUACAAUCAGCUACAGUGACUUCCUGAACAUGAUGCUGGGGAAAAGAAAUGCAAUACUAAAACUGAUUCUAAUGUUUGAAGACAAAGGGAAGGAACCAGAGCAAAAUGACGUCGGACCACCGUGUCGCAAGAGGUUUUCAGACCUGCCUUGAGAAAAAGGAAAGACCGUUAAUGUGACUCUUCUUAAAUGACAUUAAAUCUGCAUUUUGAUAAGAAUAUUUGAGACAAUUUUUUAUUAUCUGUAAAAAAAAAAUGUAAAUAAAAUAAAAAACAAAGAA